UAGUGCGUUUUGUAGCAAGUAAACAAGAGCUAGGCAACCUUUGGAGGCAACACUUGAGAGGCAACCCUUGAGAGGCAACCGUUGUCUUUUGUACUGAAUAAUAGAAGUCUGAAAUGUUUUAAUCUCUUCAGUGUUUCCUGUUUGACUGCAUUGAUAAGACUAGAGGUGCCCCUGGAAGAAUGUCAGAGGUUUGGAAUGAAGAGGUCAAGAACAUUGGCGACGCCGGCGACUCCACCAGAGGCGAGGUGGAUGAUGACUUGAGUAACCCUGUGACAGAGAUUGUCUCCUGUAUAAAACGUGUCUUGCAAUGUGGUGACCACCAAGGUCUGAAGAUCCACCUGGGGCGACUGCAAGAGUGGAGACGAUGCGGCCAGACCAACCUGAUCCACGACUACUGGAGGGUAGCUCAGUACAUUGGAGAAUCGGAACUAAACAAUAUUUGUUUAUUGUUGAGUAUAACAUUUGACAAACCGGAAGGCAUCAGGUGGUGUUACAUGGCAGACGUCCUCUCGCUAUUGGCUACUGCACUGUGCAACAGAGAAGCCAUCUUCCGUCUAAUGGCACACACCAACAACAUUAUUCCGAUCUUGGUGGAGGCCGCACAGCAAGUUACGCAUGAUGACGUCAAACUGUAUGCACUGACCAUCAUAAACGUCACCGUCCUUGUGUGUCGGGCCAGGUUCGCAAAGCACCUUGUCAGCUCUCAUUUCCUCAACAAAAUUGUGGACCAUUGGACUUGUCAAGGGGAGAAAAUCCCAUCAAUUCUUUUGGAAAAGACUCUGAACGUAGUAAAAAGUCUUCUGAUGUGUGGACAAAUUGGCAUUCACAACUACGCCACUGCUAUUCUCACUAAAAUGUCCAACGUCAUGCAAUGUCAGUCUGGACAGAGACAACUGUUUGCGUUUUACCAGGAACUUGUAAGAAGCACUGACCUAGGAGAGAAACCCCACAUCUGCGCAAGGUACUGGACAAGAGGGAGAUUAAGGAAGGAGCUACUUGGCAAAUGUCUGGGUCAACCAUGGUUAUACAUCUACUGCAGCUGGCCAGCCUGUGGGAACCAUAAUGCCACGCCCAACACAUUUUUCAGGAAGUGUUCUGCAUGCUCAGCUGUCCGAUACUGUUCCAGGCAGUGCCAGGAGAAACACUGGAGGGCGGGACAUAAUGGACAGUGCAAAUUGAUUUCUUGCUUGGCACAACAUUGAUGGUUCUAUUUUUUAAUUAUCAUCUUACGGUGACAAUGUACUGUUUCAAUACCAUUUUAAUAUACUUUUUAUUUUAGAGUUAUACACUAUUGUACAAGAAUUAUGACGUGUGAAAUAUAAUUUAAUAAAUUGUUUGAUGAAAACGUC